AUGAUAAGUUUAACACCAGACUAUUCCUCGCUCUUUCUUAAUUCUACAGGAAAUAAUAAUCCAAAAUAUGGGAACUAGCUUAGACGCAGUGACCUUACUUGAACAGCGUUUAGAUAAAUUGGAAAGUUUAGUUCUCGGACCUAAAGGUAGCGGUAAUGAGAAUUCUGAUAUUAUUGGAUCUGUUGUAAAGUCUAAUGAAAAACUUAACCUUGCAUUAACUGGGAGGCAGAAAAUUAUUAACUUGUUCAAACAACUUGAUGAUUUAGAAAGUUAUUUAAGUUUGGAAUAUUCAAAGAAAGCUUUGUUGUCUAAUCGAACCAAAGUCGAUAUUAUAGUCGCAGAGGAAGAAUUAAUGAAGCAAAGUACUGAAAAUCUAGAGAAGAUCAAGGAUUUAUCGAAAGCUCUAGAUAGUGAACACAUAAAAUCUGUUUCUUCUCUAAAUGGUAAACUAAAUCAAUUAUGCGUAGUUCACCUCCAGCAGAAGGAUGCAGCUAAUGACUAUUCAGCUGAGGUAAAAGGUCUCUUGGAGCAUUACAAUAAUAUCGUAUCCUUUUAUCAUAUUUAA